AUGCCGUACGCUGUCACCAAGGCAGCCUUGGACCACCUGACACGUUGUGCUGCACUGGAGAAUGCGCCUUAUGGAGUACGUGUGAACGCUGUCAACCCUGCUGUCAUUCUGACGCCUAUAAUAAAAGACCCAGCAGUGAGCAUGGAGAAGCACGCAGAGAUGAUGCAGCAAAUUACCGGCGCGGCACACGCCCUCGGACGUGUCGGUAAGCCGGAAGAGGUGGCACGCUGCAUUGCCUUUCUGGCAUCCGACGAUGCCUCCUUCGUCACGGGCAUCAACAUGCCUGUCGACGGCGGCUUGCUCCUUCUCUCCGGCUUUCCAAGUGUCCCGCAGUUGUUGACGCCCGGGAGCGUUGCUUGA